UUUCAGUGACAACAACUAUUUUGGCAACAACCUCAACAACGCCAUCAACAUCAGAGGAAACUAUUAAAAUCACAACAGUGACAACAAAGCCUACAGAAACAACUACUAAACAGACUACCAUAACCCAGGCAAAGAGUACAACAGAGCUUGCAACUACCACCAUAUUACCCAGUACAACAUUGCCAACAACAGUACUUUUAACAACUCCACUACCAACUACCACAACAAGAAUGAGUACAACCACACCACUGAUAACAACACUGACAACAACGCAACUCCCAACCAGAGGUCCUCCAGGUGGUUCAGAUUUAGGUACAACGAUCCCCCCUCGACGCCCUCCAGGUGGUUCAGAUGUUCAGACAACGAUACCCCCUCGACGUCCUGGUGGUUCAGGUUUAGGUACAACGAUCCCCCCUCGACGCCCUCCAGGUGGUUCAGAUGUUCAGACAACGAUACCCCCUCGACGUCCUGGUGGUUCAGGUUUAGGUACAACGAUCCCCCCUCGACGCCCUCCAGGUGGUUCAGAUGUUCAGACAACGAUGCCCCCUCGACGCCCUGGUGGUUCAGGUUUAGGUACAACGAUCCCCCCUCGACGCCCUCCAGGUGGUUCAGAUGUUCAGACAACAACGAAACCCCCUCGACGUCCUGGUGGUUCAGGUUCAGGUACAACGAUACCCCCUCGACGUCCUUCAGGAACCACUACAAUAAUGAGCACAACAUUACCAACAACUCGAUUACCAACUACCACAACUAGGAUGAGUACUACAUUGCCAACAACAACUCGACUGCCAAUCACCACAACAAGAAUGAGUACUACAUUGCCAAUAACGACUCUACUACCAACUACCACAACUAGGAUGAGUACUACAUUGCCAACAACAACUCGACUACCAACCACAACAACGAGAAUGAGUACUACAUUGCCAACAACAACUCGACUACCAACCACCACAACUAGAAUGAGUACUACAUUGCCAACAACAACUCGACUACCAACCACAACAACGAGAAUGAGUACUACAUUACCAAUAACGACUCGACUACCAACUACCACUACGAGAAUGAGUACUACAUUGCCAACAACGACUGUCGGAAGCACUACCUUUAAACCAUUUAAGCCUGUUCCAGGUCAAGGUGGAGGUGGUGGCCCAAUAUCUCAAAGAACUCCCUCGACACCAGGUCACAAGUUUGUGUUCUCCACUACUCCAACCACUUCAACAAUGGCUACAACAACAUCACAAGCAACGACUCUACUUGCAGAGGCAACCACAUUGUUGAAAGCUACAAUGCCAAUGACAACAUUGCUAACAACAACUCGACUGCCAACUACCACAACUAGAUUGAGUACUACAUUACCGACAACAACUACACUACCAACUACCACAACUAGAAUGAGUACUACAUUGCCAACAACGACUCUACUACCAACUACCACCACAAGAAUGAGUACUACAUUGCCAACAACAACUCGACUGCCAACUACCACCACGAGAAUGACUACUACAUUGCCAACAACGACUCUACUACCAACUACCACAACGAGAAUGAGUACUACAUUACCAACCACAACUCGACUGCCAACUACCACUGCAAGAAUGAGUACUACAUUGCCGACAACGACUGUCAGUAGCACUGCUUUUAAACCAUUUAAACCUGUUCCAGGUCAAGGUGGAGGUGGUGGCCCAAUAUCACAAAGAACUCCCUCAACACCAGGUCACAAGUUUGUGUUCUCAACUACUCCAACCACUUCAACAAUGGCUACAUCAACAUCACAAGCAACGACUCUACUUGCAGAGGCAACCACAUUGUUGAAAACUACAAUGCCAAUGACAACAUUGCUAACAACAACUCGACUGCCAACUACCACAACUAGAUUGAGUACUACAUUGCCAACAACAACUCGACUACCAACCACCACAACGAGAACGAGUACAACAUUGCCAACAACAACUCGACUGCCAACUACCACAACGAGAAUGAGUACUACAUUGCCAACAACGACUCUACUACCAACUACCACAACGAGAAUGAGUACUACAUUACCAACCACAACUCGACUGCCAACUACCACUGCAAGAAUUAGUACUACAUUGCCAACAACGACUGUCAGUAGCACUGCUUUUAAACCAUUUAAACCUGUUCCAGGUCAAGGUGGAGGUGGUGGCCCAAUAUCACAAAGAACUCCCUCAACACCAGGUCACAAGUUUGUGUUCUCAACUACUCCAACUACAACAUUGCCAACAACAACUCGACUGCCAACUACCACAACGAGAAUGAGUACUACAUUGCCAACAACGACUCUACUACCAACUACCACAACGAGAAUGAGUACCACAUUGCCAACAACUAGGAUGACGUCAACAUUACCAGCGACAACUAUCAGUAGCACUGCUUUUAAACCAUUUAAACCUAUUCCAGGUCAAGGUGGAGGUGGCGGCCCAAUAUCGCAAAGAACUCCCUCGACACCAGGUCAUAAGUUUGUGUUCUCAACCACUCCAACCACUUCAACAAUGGCUACAACAACAUCACAAGCAACGACUCUACUUGCAGAGGCGACCAAAUUGUUGAAAACUACAAUGCCAAUGACAACAUUGCUAACAACAACUCGACUGCCAACUACCACAACGGGAAUGAUUACUACAUUACCAACAACGUCUCAACUGCCAACCACCACAACAAGAAUGAGCACAACGUUACCAACAACAACUCGACUGCCAACCACCACAACAAGAAUGAGCACAACGUUGCCAACAACAACUCGACUGCCAACCACCACAACAAGAACGAGCACAACGUUGCCAACAACAAGGAUAACAUCAACAUUACCAGCGACAACUAUCAGUAGCACUGCCUUUAAACCAUUUAAGCCUGUUCCAGGUCAAGGUGGAGGUGGCGGCCCAAUAUCGCAAAGAACUCCCUCAACGCCAGGUCAUAAGUUUGUGUUCUCAACUACUCCAACCACUUCAACAAUGGGUACAACAACAUCACCAACAACGACUCUACUUGCAGAGGCAACCACAUUGUUGAAAACAACAAUGCCAAUAACAACACAGCAUUCAACAUUGCUAACAACAACUCGACUACCAACCACCACAUCUGAACCAGGUGGUUCAGAUGUUCGGACAACAAGGAUACCCCCUCGACGCUCUCCAGGUGGUUCCGAUGUUCAGACAACAACGAAACCCCCUCGACGUCCUUCAGGAACCACUACAAAAAUGAGCACAACAUUACCAACAACUCGAUUACCAACUACCACAACUAGGAUGAGUACUACAUUGCCAACAACAACUCGACUACCAACCACCACAACAAGAAUGAGUACUACAUUGCCAACGACGACUCUACUACCAACCACCACAACUAGAAUGAGUACAACAUUGCCAACAACAACUCGAUUACCAACCACCACAACUAAAGCCCCAGAAACAACAGUAACAACGACGACAACAUACCCAUCUUCAACUGAGAAAGUCACGACUGUGAAGGAAGUUACAGUUACCCCAUCGUCAACCACAACGAUAGUAACUACCACUCAAGAGCCAGUGGAGACAACCCUGGAGAGUACAACUCGGGCUUCAACUACAGCAACUUCAACCACAGCAGCUGCAGGAGGUGGUCCUGUUGUUAUUGUACCACCGGGAGGAGGAGGUGGCGGAACGAUUGGUGUCCAACCAGUCACAAAGAAUGAAACAUCUUUUGUCUUCACAAGUACAACUCAGGCUCCAACAACAUCAACCACAGCAGCCGCAGGUGGUGGCCCUGUUGUUGUAGUACCACCGGGAGGAAGUCCUGGUGGAUCAAUAGGCCAAGAAACGGUCAAACCAACUAGAGCAUCUUUUGUGUUCACAAGUACAACUCCGGCUCCAACAACGUCAACCACAGCAGCCGCAGGCGGUGGUCCUGUUGUUGUAGUUCCACCGGGAGGAGGUCCUGGUGGAUCAAUAGGCAGCCAAACGGUCAAACCAACUGAAGCAUCUUUUGUUUUCACAAGUACAACUCCGGCUCCAACAACAUCAACCACAGCAGCCGCAGGUGGUGGUCCUAUUGUUGUAUUACCACCGGGAGGGAAACCCAACGGAUCUAUUGGUGUUCAAGCUGGUACAACAGGCAAAUCUUCGUUCCGUUUCACAGAACAAACACAAACAUCACCAACUUCAACUGUUACCACAACAGUAAUCACUUCACCAACCGAAGUAACCACCAAAGAAAUCACAGUGUCAACGACAACUCCAGAAGAACACUGCAUAGAUGGGACAGAAAUAGGGCGCUCUACCUCACCAGAUGGAUCCACGGGGCAAGGGCGUAUCAACAGCAACACUCCAUGGAGUUUCACUGCUCCAAAAUUCACUCCAAACCGUGAGGCAAGGCCAAAACUAACAGUUGCCUUCAGGGAUCCUGUCGAACUUCGUGGUGUCAACCUGCAAGGAAAUACAGAUGAUAGCAUUCAGUUAAUGUAUGCCAUCUCAGUUCAAACGCAAGGGACUGGUGAAUUUGACAAGAUUGUUGGUGGUUCGCGGAACAUCAAGUUGGAAGGAGACACCGUGGAGAAAAUAUCGUUUGAUAGUGCUGACAUGCCCACUGGGGUUCGACAAGCUCGCUUAGAAGUGAUAGCUAUGUUUGGCCAGGUGGCUGAAGAACACUUACGGGUGGAAUUCCACAGCUGUAAAGAGGAAUCAGUUUCAACAGAGAUGACAACAACUGUUGCAAAGACGACAACAGUUCCAACCUCGUCACCUAUUCCUUCGUCAACUUCAGAGGAGACGACCACUGUUACUGUCAGUACAACCCCAACAUCAGCCAUGACAACCACACAAACAACAGCUACGAUGACCAGCUCUGCUUCCACUACUAAAGGAGACUGCAUGGACCUGCUACUCAAUCAUGAGGAAAGCCGCAUAGGAUCUCCAUCUAAUCAGCAAGUGGCUAUGUCAACAUUCAGCAGUGAUGAAAAAUACUCAUUCAGUGGGGAAAGAGCAGAAAUAUACUUGCGGUUUGAUUCGCCAUUGCGCAUUACUGCGGUUGAUCUGUUUACGGAAGGGGUCAAGAAUUUCAUCGUGUAUGGUGGAUCCUCAAUCUCCCAACUGAAACCAGUCACUGAUGCCAAUGGGCAAGUGCGGGAAUUCAUUGUGGAGAAAUCCUCACAGUUAACCAGGAUGAUGAUGCCAGAUGUCCAGGAGUUACAGAAUGUCAGAGCCAUGAAAUUGCAAUUCUAUAGGUACUCAGACAUUGCGCAGACUGCAAAUGUGAAAACUGAACUUGUUGGUUGUGUAAAAGAACUCCCAUCAACAACAGAAGUUGUCACAACAAUUGAGGUGACGGUUGAAGCUCCUCUCACCACAGAAGAAACAACCACAGAGACGAAGGAGACAAUGGCUGUUACCACUACAACAGAGGCAGUCGUUACAGAAAAGUCCACUUCAAAGACAACUACUCCUCAACCACAAGGCAAGUUUGUCCACUCUACACUCUUAUAUUAG